AUGUUGUCCUCGUUGGCGAGAUUGACGCUUUUUUGUUUAAGACCGGUACGACGUUACACCCUUAUGGGAAGGGACGAUGAAGAUGAUCAUGACGACAUGGACGGUGACUCGCUCCUUUGGUCUAGGGAACUCCAGAGGCAUUCUUUUGGUGAUUUCUCCAUGGCUGUCGUGCAAGCUAAUGAGGUCAUUGAGGAUCAUUGCCAAGUUGAGACUGGGAAAGGAGUUAUAUUCGUCGGAGUUUACGAUGGACACGGUGGUCCCGAAGCUUCUAGAUACAUCUCUGACCACCUCUUUGGCCAUUUGAUGAGAGUUUCGAGAGGACGUGGAGUCAUAACAGAGGAAACUCUUAGGGCUGCGUUUUCUGCAACCGAGCGAGGGUUCCUCACGCUUGUUCGAAGGACACGUGGAUUGAAACCGUUGAUUGCAGCGGCUGGAUCUUGCUGUCUUGUCGGAGUUAUAUGGGAAGGGACCUUGUUUGUCGCUAAUGUUGGUGAUUCCCGCGCUGUGCUUGGCUCCAUGAGUAAUAACAGUAGGUCAAACAAUAUCGUAGCUGAGCAACUGACAAGUGAUCACAAUGCUGCUAUGGAAGAAGUCAGACAAGAGCUUAAGUCAUUACAUCCGGAUGAUUCUCGUAUCGUUGUCCAAAAACAAGGUGUGUGGCGCGUCAAAGGCAUCAUUCAGAUAUCUAGAUCAAUAGGGGAUGCGUACUUGAAAAACCGAGAUUUCUCCCUUGGUCCAUCUUUUCCACGGUUCCAUCUCCCUGAAGGGCUAAAAAGACCGGUUCUAUCAGCAGAGCCUUGUGUCUACACAAGAGUCUUACAAACAAGUGAUAAGUUUGUGAUAUUUGCAUCAGAUGGACUGUGGGAACACAUGAGUAACCAGCAAGCUGUAGAGAUAGUGCAUAAACAUCCUCGUCAUGGAAUAGCGAGAAGGCUGGUGAGAAGAGCAAUGAACAUAGCAGCGAAGAAGAGAGGGAUUAUGUAUGAUGAUUUAAAGAAAGUGGAGAGAGGAGUGAGGAGAUUCUUUCAUGAUGAUAUAACUGUGGUUGUGAUAUUCAUAGACAGUGAGUUUCUUAUGGUGGAGAAGGCUACUGUUCCUGGACUCUCCAUUAAAGGCUUCUCUCAUACCGUUGGACCUUCCAAGUUCAGUCUCUUUUUCUCUUAA